AUGGCGCUGAGCUUGCUGGAGGACUGGUGCAAGAGGCUGGAGGUGGACGUCCACAAGGCCCUGCUGGUGACCGAAAUCCCCGUGGCCCUGGGGCAGGCGGACAUCGAGGCCGUCCUGCAGCGGGCUUUCCUGCCCCUGGGCGCGUUCUGGCUGCGGAACAUCAAGGCUGUGAGGAAGAAGAAGGCCAAGGCCGCCCUGGUGGAGUUCGUGGGGACCCUCAAUCACGCCACCAUCCCCAGGGAGAUCCCAGGUGGGGACAGGGUGUGGAGGGUGCUGUGCAAGGACCGUGCCGAGGACACGAGGGUCCUGAGGCAGAUGAAGCACUUGCUGCUGGAUGAAAGGCCCACCCCGGCCACAGGGGACAGGGACCCCAGGGACAAGCCCAUCCCUCUGGUCUCAGGGAAGGCCGAGCCCCCUCCCAGUGCAGUGAGGAAGGCCAGGCAGGGCCUGAGGGGCUGAGGAAGAAGGGUCAGAGGCCACAGGCUGACAAAGAAGGGCAGGAAGAGGGGCCGAGGAGGACGGCUGUCCCCCUGUGUGAGGAGCGAGUUGGAAGACUCUUACGACGAGGAGAGUCUGGGCCUUGUCAUCCAGGAGGUCGACGAGGAUGAUUUGAGUGAAGAUGAGGACCAGCAUGCACUCUACCCCACGCUCCAGGCUGCGGCCAAGGAGCUCAUUAAGAAGUGGGCCUAUCAGAGCGAGGACAGGGAGGACAGAGAUGGGCCCCGAGAGUUCCUGGCCCUGGUGACCGUGACAGACAAAGCCAAGAAGGAGCUUCCAGGGGCCAAGUUGAUCAGCUUGAACAUCACAGAAGACAGGAGUAGCAUCCCCGACCUGGUGGCCCUCCUGGCCGUGAGAGACACCUCAGACGUGGAGCCGAUGGACAGUGACGCUUCUGAAAGUGAGGCCCAGGGAAAUAGGGAUGAAGAAAAAGGAGGAGUGGACAACCCUAAGUUUAUGGCCAUCGUGGCCUAUACGGACCCGUCCAAUCCCUCCGCCCGGGAGGAGAUGUUGAAAAUAGCCUCCGUGAUCAAGUCACCAGGCUGGAGUGACAGGAAAGACAAGGCGGGCAGGACAGACGCACUGCCGGAGGUCUUGUCUGUCAUGGCCAAGGACACUUCCGGAACCCGCGUGAAGGUGGAGGAAGCCGGCCACGAGGUGGACGCCGUGGUCCUCAGGAAGGCCAAAGACGAUGGGAAUCUUCUGGAAUGCAUUUCCACGUUGGCUGAGCCAGAAAACCCCAAGGGGAAGGCUCAUCGCGGUGUCCUGGGAGGCUGGGGUGAUGAUGAUGAUGAUGGUGAUGAUGAUGAUGAUGAUGAUGAUGAAGAUGAGGGGCGCCUCCCGGAGUUAGUGGCCCUCCUGGCGGCCCAGGACAUGGCUGAGGUGGUGAAGGAGGAAAAGGAAAACGCUUGGGAAGGCGGGAAGUACAAAUAUGCCAGAGGCAACCUGGGGGAGGUCCUGGCUCUCCUGGCUGCCCCCGAGAACCUGGAGUCGGACCAGGGGUCUGAGGAGGGGGAGGACGCGGAGUCCGAAGAGGAGUCGGAAGACACGGAGAGCGAGGAGUCAGAGCCCGAGGACAGGGUGUCCACCUCCAGGGGCCUGCGCCCAGCGGGGGCUUCCACGGCGGCGGCUCCCACCGCAUCAGGGUCUCGCAAAACCCGAGGAGGCGGCCGAGGUCGCGGCCGUGGCCGGGGAGCCACUCCUGAGAGGAGCACUGGGAGCCGGGCGAGGACCCAGGACGAAGCCGCGGGGAGCAAGAAGAAGAAGAAGGCGGGUCCGGGCGCCGGGGCGCACUCCAAGGCCGGAGAGGCCAAGGGUCAGCCGCCGAGCGGCGCCAAGUCGGCGCGUGGGAAGCAGGCCCGGCGGGGCAGGAGGCUGCCGCCCAAAUGCCGCUAGAGGGGGCCGGACACCAGGCUGCGA